AUGGCGUAUCCGGGCGGUGGCCGUGGCCAUGACUAUGGUCAACCUCUCCAGGACCUUCCUCCAGGCCAAAGUGACGCCGAACGUUCACUUCUGAGAGAUCCUCACCAGCAGCAGCAAGGUUACGACAAUGGUUACCUCGGUGCAAACAACCCUCCUCCGCGACCAGUGUCUGCCUACAGCUUGAGCGAGACCUACGCGCCGGGAGCACAUAGCCAGACACCAACGCCUGGGUUUGGUGAGGCGUACGGAAACCAAGCCUACGGCACCGGGUUCGACCCCACUGGUGGAUACGGCUAUGGCGAUAGGCCCGUCUCCCACGUGGAUGCCGACGAGAGCUGGGUAAGGAGACAGCAGCCUGGCAUGGCCCCGGGUGGCGGCCUGAAGCGAUACGCCACGCGUAAGGUCAAGCUUGUGCAAGGCUCCGUCUUGAGCAUCGACUAUCCCGUUCCCAGUGCGAUCCGCAAUGCCGUCCAAGCCAAGUAUCGCGACAGCGAAGCAGGCUCCGACGAGUUCGUCAAGAUGCGCUACACCGCAGCCACUUGUGACCCUGAUGACUUUACUCUCAAGAACGGUUACGAUCUUCGACCGAGGAUGUACAACCGCCACACCGAACUGCUCAUUGCCAUCACAUACUAUAACGAAGAUAAGCUGCUCAUGUCGCGUACUCUCCACGGUGUCAUGCAGAACAUCAGGGAUAUCGUGAACCUGAAGAAGUCGGUCUUCUGGAACAAGGGAGGUCCUGCUUGGCAAAAGAUUGUCGUCUGCCUCGUUUUUGACGGUAUCGAGAAGACGGACAAGUCUGUGCUUGACGUCUUGGCCACCAUUGGUGUCUACCAGGAUGGUGUCGUUAAGAAGGACGUUGACGGCAAAAAGACAGUCGCCCACAUCUUCGAGUACACGACGCAAUUGUCCGUGACUCCCAACCAGCAGCUCAUCAGGCCAGUGGAUGAUAGCCCCCAGACUCUACCCCCGGUCCAGUUCAUCUUCUGUCUCAAGGGUCAGAACAGCAAGAAGAUCAACUCUCACCGUUGGCUCUUCAACGCUUUUGGCCGCAUCCUCAAUCCCGAGGUGUGCAUUCUCCUCGACGCCGGUACCAAGCCCAGCCCCAAGUCUCUCUUGGCUCUCUGGGAGGGCUUCUACAAUGACAAGGAUCUGGGAGGUGCUUGCGGUGAAAUUCACGCCAUGUUGGGUAAGGGCGGCAAGAAGCUGAUCAACCCCCUGGUCUCUGUGCAAAAUUUUGAGUACAAGAUUUCCAACAUUCUCGAUAAGCCGCUUGAGAGUGCUUUCGGUUACGUGAGUGUGUUGCCUGGUGCCUUCUCCGCAUACAGGUACCGUGCUAUCAUGGGCCGUCCUCUCGACCAGUACUUCCACGGUGAUCACACGCUUUCAAAGCGACUUGGAAAGAAGGGUAUCGAUGGCAUGAACAUUUUCAAGAAGAACAUGUUCUUGGCCGAGGAUCGUAUCCUGUGUUUCGAGCUGGUCGCCAAGGCUGGCCAGAAAUGGCACUUGAGCUACAUCAAGGCGGCUAAGGGUGAAACCGAUGUACCUGAGGGUGCCGCCGAGUUCAUCUCGCAGCGUCGUCGUUGGCUCAACGGUUCGUUCGCAGCCUCGCUCUACUCGCUUAUGCAUUUUGGCCGCAUGUACAAAUCGAGCCAUAACAUCAUCCGCAUGAUCUUCUUCCAUGUCCAGCUCAUCUACAACAUCCUGAACGUCAUCUUCACCUGGUUCGCCUUGGCGUCUUACUACCUUACUACAACCGUCAUCAUGGAUCUCGUCGGCACCCCGGUCCCCGGUGGCAGUGAGAGCGCCGAGCACCACGCCUGGCCUUUUGGUGAUUCUGCGACUCCCUUGAUCAACGCGACACUCAAGUAUCUGUAUCUCGCCUUUGUCAUUCUCCAGUUCAUUCUGGCGCUUGGUAACCGCCCCAAGGGUUCGAAGUAUCAGUACAUCACCUCGUUCAUCGUCUUUUCCCUCGUUCAGCUCUACGUCCUCGUCCUCUCCGGCUACCUCGUCGCACGUGCCUUUAAAAGCGGUAUUGGUGACCAGCUGAAGCUUGACAGCAGCGAAGACUUUGUCAAGACCUUCUUUGGAGAGUCCGCGGCCGGUGUCAUCAUCAUCGCCCUCGUGACAAUCUACGGUCUCUACUACCUCGCUUCGUUCUUGUACCUCGACCCAUGGCACAUGUUCCACUCGUUCCCCUCGUAUCUUCUGCUCAUGUCGACCUAUAUCAACAUUCUCAUGGUGUACGCGUUCAACAACUGGCACGAUGUCUCGUGGGGUACCAAGGGUUCGGAUAAGGCCGAGGCUCUUCCCUCGGCUCAUGUUAGCAAGGGCGAGAAGAACGAAGUCGUUGUCGAAGAAGUCGACAAGCCCCAGGAGGAUAUCGAUAUCCAGUUUGAGCAAACUGUCAAGCGCGCUCUUGAACCGUUUGUCGAGGAAGAAGAGGUUGAGGCUAAGGAUGUCGAGGACUCGUACAAGUCUUUCCGAACCGGUCUCGUCGUGACCUGGCUCUUCUCCAAUGCCCUUCUCGUGGUCGUUAUCACGAGUGACAACUUUAACUCUUUCGGUAUCGGCGAUACCACCUCGGCCCGUACCGUCGGAUUCUUCCGAUUCCUCCUUUACGCGACCGCCGUUCUCUCUCUCGUCCGAUUCUUCGGUUUCCUCUGGUUCCUCGGAAAGACUGGUCUCAUGUGCUGCUUUGCCAGGCGGUAA